AUGGACAUGGAGACCAAGAAACCAUACAUGAUGGUGACUAUGAUACAACUCAUAUAUGCAAUCAUGUUUCUGAUCUCCAAAGCUGUCUUAGAUGAGGGAAUGAACACUUUCGUCUUCGUUUUCUAUCGUCAAGCGUUUGCAACCAUGUUUUUGGCUCCUCUCGCUUUCUUCUUUGAGCGGAAAAGUGCUCCACCUCUUUCAUUUGUGACAUUCAUCAAGAUCUUCAUGCUCUCUCUAUUUGGUGUGACAUUGAGCUUGAACUUAAACGGAAUCGCAUUAUCAUACACGUCGGCGACUUUGGCCGCCGCCACAACAGCUUCUCUUCCGGCCAUCACAUUCUUCUUGGCUCUCUUUCUUGGAAUGGAGACGCUUAAGGUUAAGAGCAUACAAGGAACAGCGAAGCUUGUGGGGAUAACUGUGUGCAUGGGUGGAGUAAUUACAUUAGCCCUUUACAAAGGUCCAUUGUUGAAAUUACCUUUAUGUCUUCACCUUUAUCAUCACCAGAAUAUUCCCGGCAACGUCUCCGGCGGUUCCACCUCGUGGCUCAAAGGAUGUGUCCUCAUGGUCACCUCUAACAUUUUAUGGGGUCUCUGGCUCGUUUUGCAGGGCCGUGUGUUAAAGGUUUACCCUUCGAAGCUAUACUUCACAACUCUUCAUUGUCUACUGAGUUCAAUUCAAUCCCUCGUCAUCGCGAUAGCAGUCGAGAGAGACAUCUCAGCAUGGAAGCUUGGUUGGAACCUACGACUCGUUGCAGUUAUUUACUGUGGAUUCAUUGUAACAGGCGUAGCAUAUUAUUUGCAAUCAUGGGUUAUAGAGAAGAGAGGACCUGUUUUCUUAUCAAUGUUCACUCCUUUGUCUCUCCUCUUCACUAUCCUCUCUUCAGCGAUUCUACUUUGUGAAAUCAUCAGUCUUGGAAGUAUUCUAGGUGGGCUAUUAUUGAUUAUAGGACUCUACUGUGUGCUGUGGGGGAAAAGUAGAGCGGAGAAGAACGCUGGUGAUGACAAGACUGAUCAACAUCACGAAGAUGAUACCAUUUGUAAUGAAGUGAAGGUUGUCAUUAGUUGA